AUGGCCGCAGCGAUUGCGAACCCGUCCGUGGUGCGGGCGAACUUGAACUACCUCUUGCCGGGCGGUGGAGCCGAUGCGGAUGGCUUCUAUCCUGGGACAGCAAGCAAUCUUCGCCGAAAAUUUGACGUUCGUGAAGUUCCCAUUACCGAUGUUCGAAGCGUGAACGACACCUUCGAUAUUGAUAAGCAUGGCUUCAAAUUCGUCCCCCGCGAAGGAAAGUUCAACGAAUUCGACAAUAAGGAGCAGACCGCGCAGCACUGGUACCCCGAGGUUAUCGAGCUGCUAAAGAAACAUCUUGGAGCAGCGGACGCCAAGCCGUUACUGCACUUCGUCCGGAACGAGACUGUUGAGUCGGCCUUGGCAGAUGCAGCUACAAUGGCGGAUCACGACACAGUCACAAAGAUGGUGCCGUUUCGUGUCAUUCACGUCGACAACAGCUACGACGGCUCUUACGGGUUCCUGGAAGGCUUUGUCGGCAGCGAAGAGGCUGAGAAGUGGAGCAAGGGCCGAUGGGGUAUUGUCAAUGUCUGGUACCCUCUCAAGACGGUAGAGCGUGACCCCCUGGCCGUCUGCGAUGCCUCGAGUGUUAGAGAAGAGGACUUGUACCCCCUUGCGAUCAGGCGACCUGCCGAUGCUGUGAAUGAGAAUUUUACCAACACGCCGAAGAACAUGAAGGCGAAUGAGUCUUGGCAUGUCUAUUAUAACGAUGAGCAUCGGUGGUAUUAUAAGAGCAAGAUGACACCAGAGGAGGCUUUGUUGAUUAGAAUAUACGACUCGGAGAAGGAUGGUAGGGCACGACGGUGUCCUCAUACGGCGUUUGAGCUGGCCGACCAAGAUGCUCAGAUGCCAAACAGGACCAGCAUAGAGACAAGAUGUGUUGUAAGGUGGGAUGAUGAAUGA